AAUUUUCAACUACACGUGUACAUUUUCAACUAUACGUGUACAUUUUUAACUUCGCGUUUACAUGUUCAACUACACGUGUACUUUCUCAACUAUACGUGUACACUUCAUGAGAUGAAGGUAACUGUUCACCCACACCGUCACACCGACUUAUCACCAUAUAACCGUCUAGCCAAAUGGACACCUUUCUACUCACAACUGUAUUCACUGAUUUUUUGCAAAGCAUCAUCGAGAUCAAUAUACUUGGAGAGGUACUUGAAAGAUGAGUCCUGGUUGAUUUAGGUCGCACCCUUUACUGCAAAAAACUAUUAAUCUUAGUGUUCAACAGCUAUUGUCCAUGGAUCUUUAUACUAUAGUAGAAUAAGGUAUCAUCUCGGUAGGAAGGCACGUUAGACUCAAUUAAAUUGCGAGCCAAAAUGUUCUGUUUCGUAGUGUAAAUGCAGUGUGGUUCAGGAGAUGAGAUUGCAGGAAGCCCGUACUUAAUGGAAUCCAUUCCCAGCAGCAGUGAUAAGAAAACUUUGAAGAGGUGGUUUUUCAUUGACAAAAGAGUUGGUUAAAACAUUCGUUACUCCUAAUCAUCCACUACUAUAAAGUGUCUAGUGCUUAGCUGUCAAUCACAUAGUCAAAAUCUGCCAAAUCCAUAUUUGUCGCAAUGGACUUGAAUUCGACAAACGCUUCUCCAGUUCUUACUGAUCCUUCACCAUUGAACGAGUCCAGAUUGGGAAUCCACUCUAGUUUAUUUCCUUAUUCACAAUCUGGACCUCCAUUCUCCACUAGUGUGCUAUCAAUUCCUAGAAAGAAGCCACUAAAGCUUGAUGAUGGUCGAUCCAAUAGUUGGCUUGAGGCAAUGCGGUCUUCUUCACCUCCUAGGAAGAAGAUCCUGAAGGAAGUAAACAUUGAUGUUUCUUCAGAUGAUGCUGAUGUGGCUUACCUUUCUUGGAUGAUCAAGUAUCCAUCAGCUCUCAACUGCUUUCAGCAAAUUAUGAGGCAAGCAAGGAAUAAACAGAUAGUGAUUUUCUUAGAUUAUGAUGGGACUCUCUCUCCUAUUGUUGAUGACCCUGACCGUGCUUUUAUGUCCAAUGAGAUGCGUUCUGCUGUCAGUAAUGUUGCAAAGUAUUUCCCAACAGCUAUCAUCAGUGGGAGAAGCCGUGAUAAGGUAUAUGAGCUGGUAGGUCUCCCUGAACUCUAUUAUGCUGGUAGCCACGGUAUGGACAUCAUGCUGCCAGUCGAAAAUACGUUGGCUACUAAUGAUGCAAAUUGUAUCAAAGCUACUGACCAGCAGGGCAAGGAAGUCAAUCUGUUCCAGCCUGCUCGUAAAUUUUUAUCAAUGAUUGAUGAGGUUUUUAGAACCCUUGUCGAGAAAACUAAAGACAUUAAGGGUGCAAAAGUCGAGAACCAUAAGUUUUGUACCUGUGUGCAUUACCGUAAUGUAGAUCAGAAGAAUUGGUCUGUCGUUGGAGAAUAUGUCGUCGAUGUCUUGAAAGGCUACCCUCGGCUACGGCUAACUCAUGGACGGAAGGUUUUAGAGGUCCGUCCUGAAAUCGACUGGGACAAAGGAAAAGCGGUUGAGUUUCUUCUGGAUUCACUAGGUUUUAGCUACCACAAAGAUGUGCUGCCGAUAUAUAUUGGAGAUGAUAGAACAGAUGAAGACGCAUUCAAGGUACUGAGGGGGAAAUACAAUGGUUAUGGAAUUCUUGUUUCAGCUAUCCCAAAAGAGAGUAAAGCCUGCUUCUCUCUCAAGGAUACUUCACAGGUCAAAAAGUUCUUGGAAUCUCUUGCGAAGACGAGGGAAGUUGAAGAAGAUACAGGGGAGAGAAGCUAAAGGGAAUAAAUACGUGUGUUAGGGUGGUGGUUUAUAGAAAAUGGGUACUAGCUUUUAUUAUAUGCACAAAUAAAGCUCUCAAUCUUAGUUUUAAUGUUUUGUUGGAAGGUUAAAAUUUUGCAAAGUUCCAUUUUUUCCUUGCUUUGGUUUUUUUAUUCUUUAGUUUUUAUCCCUAUUUUGGAAAUGGUGGAAGGUCUUCAAAGGAGGACCCUUGUCUUUUAUGUUAGUACUAGUAAUUACUAGAAUAAGUUUCAAUAGGCCCAUUAUUCUUACAAAUAUGUAUUUCUCAUCAACACUGGUUUUCUGUAAGAAUUCAAAGUGCUUUCUACUUUAAGCCAA